AUGCAAGUCCUCCGCGCUUCCGACCAAGUCCGCGACAGCACAAGUCCAUUGAAGCAAUCAAGCGGAACCCUCACAGGCAAGACCAUCACCCUCGAGGUCGAGUCCUCGGACACCAUCGACAAUGUCAAGCAGAAGAUUCAGGACAAGGAGGGCAUUCCGCCCGACCAGCAACGCCUGAUUUUCGCUGGCAAGCAGCUCGAGGAUGGCCGCACCCUCUCCGACUACAACAUCCAGAAGGAGUCUACCCUUCACUUGGUCCUCCGUCUGCGCGGCGGUAUGAUCGAGCCCUCGCUCAAGAUUCUCGCCUCCAAGUUCAACUGCGACAAGAUGAUCUGCCGCAAGUGCUACGCUCGUCUGCCUCCUCGUGCGACCAACUGCCGUAAGCGCAAGUGCGGACACACCAACCAGCUCCGCCCCAAGAAGAAGCUCAAAUAG